GCUUGAGCAAGCCCAGCUGGCCAGCAGCUUCACACACAUGGCCAGGCUAAGCCACUGAAGAGGUCAGCCCUGUGCUGUCCCUGUCCCUACUGAUCAGGCAGGAGGGCGGAAGACAGAGCCACAUCACAGCAGGUUGUUGAAAAGCCAGUGUUAAGAUGACUGAGCGCUUUGACUGCCACCACUGCAGUGAAACCCUCUUUGGCAGGAAGUAUAUCUGGAAGGAGGAGAACCCGUACUGCGUGGACUGCUUUGAGACCCUCUACGCCAACAACUGCGAGGAGUGCAAGCAGCCCAUCGGCUGUGAUUGCAAGGACUUGUCUUACAAGGACCGGCACUGGCACGAGACCUGUUUCCACUGCUCCCAGUGCAAGAACUCGCUGGUGGACAAGCCCUUUGCUGCCAAGGAAGAUCAGCUGCUGUGUACAGAAUGCUACUCCAACGAGUACUCGUCCAAGUGCCACGAAUGCAGGAAGACCAUCAUGCCAGGGACCCGCAAGAUGGAGUAUAAGGGCAGCAGCUGGCACGAGACCUGCUUCACCUGCUAUCGCUGCCAACAGCCGAUUGGAACCAAGAGUUUCAUCCCGAAAGACGAUCAGAAUUUCUGUGUGCCCUGCUAUGAGAAGCAGUAUGCCAUGCAGUGUGUUCAGUGCAAAAAGCCCAUCACCACAGGGGGCGUCACUUAUCGGGAGCAGCCCUGGCACAAGGAGUGCUUCGUGUGCACUGCCUGCAAGAAGCAGCUGUCAGGGCAGCGCUUCACCUCUCGAGACGAGUUUGCCUACUGCCUGGGUUGCUUCUGUGAUUUAUACGCCAAGAAGUGUGCUGGCUGCACCAACCCCAUCAGUGGGAUCGGAGGCACGAAGUACAUCUCCUUUGAGGAGCGGCAGUGGCACAACGACUGCUUUAACUGUAAGAAGUGCUCCCUCUCCCUGGUGGGCCGAGGCUUCCUCACGGAACGGGACGACAUCCUGUGCCCCGACUGUGGGAAAGACAUCUGAAGGCGAAGACAAAGAAGUCGGCGCUGGCAGUACACACGCAGAUACGCAGAUCUUUCUCUGGGCCGGCCGGGCAAUAUGGCGCCCUGGUUCCCGUCGGCCACCUGAAGACUUCCCUCUUGUGCUUCUCAGUGACCGUCAUGUCUGUUUCAGCCCUUUAAUCCCCUCUCCUACUUCAGUGCCUGGGGCAGGAGAGCGCUUAACACACACCCUUGAUGGGAAGGUGGUCUUGAAUUCUUGUAAUGCUGCCAGGCAGCCCAACAGUAAACCUCCUUGGAGAAUGCUAUUCUUUUUAAAUGUACCUUUCUUUCACUGUGUAUUGAAUUGUUCAUCGCAAUUAGCAGGGGUCACUAAAACAAGUUUUCCAAGCUACAUAUGGUGAUGAAGAGUUGGUAUUUACCGCUGUAUAACUUCCUGUCAUUGUAAGCCUACGGCAAGCUCAUGUAUCUGACAAUAAAGUUAUUCAAUACAGAA